GCAAUUUUUUUCGGCCAAGACCCAGAACAGAUAUCGGAGUCGGACCAACAAGAGCGGCGACAAUAAGCAGUUUGAGAAAGGUAUAUUCUUUCGUGAAGAAAGAUCGCAAGAAAUAUUCGGGGAGAUGGAUGCACCAACCGUGCCCUGCGCUAGGGGUUGUGGCUUAUAUGGAUUGCCCGACCAGCAUGGUUUGUGCUGCAAUUGCUACAAUGAUUUUCUCUGGGAAAAGAUUGCCAAGUCCCUGGCGAGACUGCCGGAUUCAUCUCUGGUUGCCACUUCAGUUGAUGAUCUAACAGCACACAUGGGUAAACUAUUUGUGUCGGAUUCAUCCGUUAUCGCCACUUCAGUUAACGAUCUGACAGCAUGCAUGCGUAAACUAUCAGUGUCAAGAAUAGAGAGAAGUACAGCUACUGAUAGUCACCCGUAUGACAAUAAUGCGGCUUCUAAAUGCAAACGUCAAAAAAGGACCAAGAACAAGUGCAGAACUUGCAGCAAGCGGCUUGGACUUUUGGGGUUUCAGUGUCGAUGUGGAGACCUCUUCUGCGGGAGACAUAGGUACCCGGAAGAACAUGCCUGCAAGGUGGAUUUGAAGACGAGCGCACGCAAACUUCUGGCCAAGCAAAUAUUCCAAUCCGCGAUUCGUGCCUGAUCGGAUGAUGCAGCGGAACCAUGGCAAUUAGGAUCUCAGGACGCAGACGACAGGACGUGCUGCAACCUAGGGAAUGCAAUGCUUACAGAGUUUGACCUUAUUGAUACUGCGCAACAGUGGCAAUCAAUAGUAUGCAACUCUUUUCUACAGAUGUGCUGAUUGAAUCACUUCGUUACUGGGUUUGGCGGUCCAUAUACUGGACAACAUAUUAUAAAUUGCUAUACGAUUCGUACAACUUAAUUGUUAUUCAAGCAUGUGUUAUCUUUGACUACUUAUUAUUCUUAAUAGAAGUUUCCAUUUUGCCACUAUAUCUGGUUCCCCUCUUGAUGGCUUCUU